CACCUCUCCAAGCUCCAAACUUGUCUGCUAGAUACUACACACUCUCUAGCUAGCACGUAGCAGCAUCGAUCGCCGGCUGGCUGUUUGCCCGGCCGCAAGCUAAGAUGGGGAAACGCUUCCUCCACCAGCUGCUCGUCGUCGUCCUGGCACUCUUUGUCUCGCCGGCGAGAUCGGACGACUGGCUUCCUGCCACCGCCACGUUCUACGGCGGCGCUGACGGCUCCGACACAAUGGGUGGCGCGUGCGGGUACGGCGACCUAUACGAGCAGGGCUACGGCGUGAACAACGCGGCGCUGAGCACGGCGCUCUUCAACGAUGGCGCGUCCUGCGGGCAGUGCUACGUGAUCAGGUGCGACAGCAGCAAGACCGGGUGGUGCAAGCCCGGUACCAGCAACUUCAUCGUCGUCUCCGCCACCAACUUCUGCCCGCCUAACUGGGAGCUCCCCAACGGCGGGUGGUGCGGCCCGCCCCGCCCCCACUUCGAUAUGUCCCAGCCCGCCUGGGAGAACAUCGGCAUCUACAACGCCGGCAUCAUCCCCGUCCUCUACCAGCGUGUCAAGUGCUGGCGGAGCGGCGGCGUGCGCUUCACCAUCGCCGGUUUCGACCACUUCUACAUGGUGCUCAUCACCAACGUCGCCGGCAGCGGCUCCAUCCAGAGUAUGGCCGUGAAGGGCGCCAACACGGACUGGAUCCCCAUGUAUAGGAACUGGGGUGCCAACUGGCACUGCCUCGCUGGCGGGCUCGUCGACCAGGGUCUCAGCUUCGCGCUCGUCUCCACCGGUGGGCAGAACAUCGUCUUCCAGAACGUCGUGCCGGCGUGGUGGCAGUUCGGCCAAACUUUCACCACCUACCAGAACUUCGACUACUAAACUUCAUGCAUGCCUUUCUUCCUUCCACGACAAUAUAUAUAUCUAAAGCCCAAUAGAUCCUUCUUCAUUCAUUCUUCUUCAGAAAGAGAUAUUACACCCCCAUGUUGUCUUCAUUUCAUUUCAGUUGUAGUGUGGAAAUUAUUUUGUUAUUGUUAUCAUAUUCAACCGCAAACUGAUGAUUGUAAAUUCAAGGAGUAUUCAGUUGUGUUAUAGAUUGAGAGGGUUCCAACUUCCAA